UCGGCUCCAAACUCCUCACCCAAAUCAUCCUCGGCCCCCUAGAAACUAGCCACACUAAAGACUCCGGCCUCCACUCCCUCCUCUGCUCGAAGCUUGCUUCGUGAUGACCUGUUCCGCAAUGACCAGUGCGCUUCUGCUCCCUAUUCUGGCCUGCUGUCUGCUUUCCGCUUCGGUUUCCGUCGCUGGAGGAAACUUCUACAAUGACUUCGACAUCACUUGGGGCGACGGCCGCGCUAAGAUCCUUAAUAAUGGCCAGCUGCUGACUCUUUCACUCGAUAAGGCUUCAGGCUCCGGCUUCCAGUCCAAGAGCGAGUACCUCUUCGGCAAGAUUGACAUGCAGCUCAAGCUCGUACCCGGCAAUUCCGCCGGCACAGUCACCGCUUACUACCUGUCGUCUCAGGGGCGGACACACGAUGAGAUCGACUUCGAGUUCCUCGGAAACCUUAGCGGCGACCCUUACACGUUGCACACCAAUGUAUUCACGCAGGGAAAGGGAAAUCGGGAGAUGCAGUUCAAGCUCUGGUUCGAUCCCACCAACGAUUUCCACACCUACUCUCUUCUCUGGAAUCCUCAACAAAUUAUAUUCAUGGUAGACGGGUCGCCCAUAAGGGUAUUCAGGAAUCUGGAGAACAGAGGGGUGGCAUUCCCAAAGAAUCAGGCCAUGAGGAUCUACUCCAGCCUCUGGAACGCCGACGACUGGGCCACACGCGGAGGUCUCAUCAAGACAGACUGGAAGAACGCGCCAUUUACCGCUUCUUACCGUGGCUUCAACGCCGACGCUUGCGUGUGGGUCGCCGGCAGAUCAAGGUGCCCUGCGAGGAAGAUGGGUGGCAGUGGGGCUGGAGCGUGGAUGGAUUACCAGAUGGAUGUGACGAGCCAGAAGAGGAUGUCGUGGGUGCAGAAGAAUUACAUGAUCUAUAACUAUUGCGCCGAUCGCAAGCGGUUCCCGCAGGGAUUGCCGACUGAGUGCACCAUCAAUUGAGAAGUGUAAAGCCGGAGAAGAAUAACUACAGUGUAACAUAGUUAAUUGUUUUAUUCUUUAAUUUGUAAUGAGAUAUCAUGCAUGAUUUGUUCGCUA